UCACAGUUACUGCCUACUGCAUCGGAAUCCAACGUCUCUUCCUCCCACACCCAACUCUUACUGGACUUUGACUUGUAGGUAGCCCUGUAAAUUUUGGUACUUGUCUUUUCCGAUACUUGUGCCUGUAAAAUGAUUACAACUCAGCAUUAACCCAUUCUCAGAACAUCCCUCCUCAUCAAUUAAACCCCUUGUUUUUAAUCGUUUUCCUAUCAAUAAAGGUUAGCAUAUGAGGGAAAUGAAAGUUCAUGGUACUAGGUUAUUGAAAUCCCAUUUGUUGUAGAUUAAGAAGCCUUCUUCUUUGUGCUCUAAAGUUUUGUUUUGUUUUAAUGAUCAGACAGAAUUCUGGUAUCUUGGGUUGGGUCUUUCUUAUUUUCUCUUUUAGGUUGCUCUUUUUUUAGUUAUUUUAGUGAUAAAAUUGUGAUCACCCAGCAGCACAUGACAUUGAAACCCUAAUGGUAGAAAGACCCAGAUCGGUUUCUUGGUACAGCUAUCAAUUUACGAGUCACCUGGAGUUCCAAUUAUUUCUAUAGCCAUCAUUUUCUAUAUCUGCCACUGCUGCUUGAAUAGAUGUGACUUUUGGUAUUUCGUCCAAUCCCAAACUCAUAAAUCAAGUUUCAUAUUCUAAGUUCCUGUCUGGUAUUUCCUACAUCAGUGGACCAUUUCCCUUCUUUCUACGCCAUAUACAGGCAAAAUCGAUGUUUUAUGAUCUACAUUGUCAUACUUAGAGGGUAGGCAUCAAUGUCAAUCAUAUGUGGCCUCCCACUCCUUGAAUGUGUUUACUGUCUGGCAUGUGCACGCUGGGCAUGGAAAAGAUGCCUCCAUACUGCUGGCCAUGACAGUGAAACAUGGGGCCUUGCAACUGCCGAAGAAUUUGAGCCUGUCCCUCGACUAUGCCGCUAUAUUCUAGCUGUUUAUGAAGAAGAUCUUCGACACCCCCUUUGGGAACCCCCUGGAGGCUAUGGGAUCAACCCAGAUUGGUUGAUUCUCAGAAAAACUUAUGAAGACACUCAAGGACGGGCUCCUUCAUAUGUAUUAUAUCUUGAUCAUGAUCAUGCUGAUAUAGUCCUUGCCAUUAGAGGCCUUAAUUUGGCAAAGGAGAGUGACUAUCAAGUGCUUUUGGACAACAAGCUAGGAAAACAGAAAUUUGAUGGUGGCUAUGUUCAUAAUGGACUCUUGAAGGCUGCUGGAUGGGUUUUGGAUGCAGAGUGUGAAAUUUUGAAGGAGUUGGUGGAGAAGCAUCCAAAUUAUACUUUGACGUUUGCAGGACAUUCUCUUGGGUCAGGUGUUGCAGCCAUGUUGGCCUUGGUGGUUGUGCAGCAUCGGGAUAAACUGGGAAAUAUUGACAGGAGGAGGAUCAGGUGCUAUGCAAUUGCACCUGCAAGGUGCAUGUCACUAAAUUUGGCUGUCAGAUAUGCAGAUGUCAUCAAUUCUGUGGUUCUUCAGGAUGACUUCUUGCCACGGACAGCCACACCUUUGGAAGACAUUUUCAAGUCACUUUUCUGUUUGCCAUGCCUACUAUGCCUGAGAUGCAUGAGGGAUACUUGUAUACCAGAGGAGAAGAUGCUUAAAGAUCCAAGGAGGCUGUAUGCACCUGGUCGCCUCUAUCACAUUGUUGAGCGAAAGCCUUUCAGAUUAGGAAGAUUUCCACCUGUCGUGAGGACAGCAGUGCCGGUGGAUGGGAGGUUUGAGCACAUAGUUCUUUCUUGUAAUGCCACUUCAGACCAUGCUAUAAUAUGGAUAGAGAGAGAAGCACAGAGAGCCAUGGAUUUAAUGCUGGAGAAAGAUAGGAUCAUGGAGAUCCCCGCAAAACAGAGAAUGGAACGGCAGCAGACCUUGGCUAGAGAACACAGUCAAGAGUACAAAGCUGCGCUCCAAAGGGCUGUUACACUGUCAGUUCCCGAUGCUUAUGCACCUUCUCAAUAUGGAACUUUUGAUGAGUCCGAGGAUGGGGAGAACUCCCAUAAAUCUAGCGGAGAAUCGUCGGUUGGAUCAUCGGGGAAAAGCAAGAACAAAGAAAGCUGGAAUGAAUUGAUUGAACGUCUUUUUGACAAAGAUGAAUCUGGGCACAUGGUGCUUAAAAAAUCACAUAGGGAUGAUUGAUGAUGUAAAUUCAGGGAUAAAUUGGAUAGUACAGAAACGAUUAUGUUUGUGAUGAACAACAUUCAUUGAUUCAUUGGGACUCAAUUUUUCACCCAGUAACAAUUUUCACUUGCCAUUCUUG